CGCACUCACCAUCGUCCACGGAUCUACGCCGAUCCACCUGCCCAACCCACCUUCUCGUCCCUUCCUCAUUUUCAGCCACCACCAGUCCCGUCGAUCCAUCCAUCCAUCGAUCCCCACCAACCCGCAGAUCCUCCCCACGGCUUCCAGAUCAAGAAAGCUCAAUCUCGACCAGCAGCCAGAGUCCACGGCCUCCUCUGCUUCUUCUCGAGCACUUCCAUGGAGCCAGCCGUCCCCGCCGGCGAUGAGAAGAAGCACACCAUGGAUGCCUGCCCAAGCUCCAGUUCACCUCGCCGCCGUCGGGAACCGGUGUCCCGCGGCCGGAUCCAUCAAGUCCGCGACCCUGCCUGACCUCCUUCCCAUUCAUGUCGCCGCCGAGCCUUCUUCUGCUUCCCCUACUGUAGGGCUCCAUCGCCCCUGCUUGUCUUCACCUCGCGCACCGCAUCGCCGCUCCUCCUCCGUCGUGCCGGCGAGCGCGAUGCCGGAGCACCGCAGGAGCACCAUGGCUACCUCGUCCUGGAGCAAGCUUGUCAGCAUCCUUCAUCGUCCUGUGUCUAGCGCUGCCCGGAUCCGUCCGCCUUCGCGCCACCCGCCCUUGCUGCUGACGAACAUGGUGACUGGCGCCCUCCUUCGCGCGUGGCACCGCGCCAGAUGCCGCCCUCCGCUGUCCAGCCGUGCCGCAGCGCCCCUGCUUCCUCUAUAUCAAAGUCGAGCGCCCCGCCCCGUGUCUCACCGCCCGAGCACUGCUGCCUGCCCUCGUCUCCGACGCUGGCAAGCUCGCUGCCCCCGGAUCCACGUCUCCAGCCUGACCGUGCUCAUGGACGCUCGCCUCCACCGGUCGUCUACAAGCAGCAGCGCUGUCGCGGACAAGACCGAAGCCACUCAAGAGCCGCCAUGUCCGCGUCCCCUUGGACCCUACGCGUGAAUGCCUUGCUGCCUUCUAUGUUCGCGUUGACCCCACAUCGAUCGAGCAGCCACGCCUAUAGAGCAAGCUAUCGUUGUUUCAGUUUUCAGUUUCGUCAGACCUGCAC